CAGAUGGAACUCCAGAAGGGUUCCCCUGUCCAGCGGAUCUUCAUAUCUGCCAUCCUCAACAUGCUAUCACUCGGCCUCUCCGCAGCAUCCCUGCUCAGCAGUGAAUGGAUUGUGGGCACACAGAAGGUGCCCAAGCCCCUGUGCGGGCAAGGUCUGGCAGCCAAGUGCUUUGACAUGCCGAUGUCCUUGGAUGGGGGCGUCACCAACACAUCAGCCCAGGAGGUGGUACAAUACACCUGGGAGACUGGGGAUGACCGGUUCUCCUUCCUUACCUUCCGCAGUGGCAUGUGGCUAUCCUGUGAGGAAACCGUGGAAGAGCCAGGGGAGAAGUGCCGACGUUUCAUUGAACUCACACCACCAGCCCAGAGAGGUGAGAAAGGACUACUGGAAUUUGCCACGUUGCAAGGCUCACAUCACACCACUCUCCGAUUUGGAGGGAAGUGGUUGAUGGAGAAGACCUCUCUCCUCCUCCUCCCCUUGGGGCCCGUGGCAAAGGUCCUCUGGUUAUCACUAGGCACCCAAAUUGCCUACAUCGGACUUCAAUUCAUCAGCUUCUUCCUGCUACUAACAGACCUGCUGCUCACCAGUAACCCUGGCUGUGGGCUCAAGCUGAACGCCUUUGCAGCCAUCUCCUUGGUCCUCUCAGGCCUUCUGGGGAUGGUGGCCCACAUGACAUAUUCACAAGUCUUCCAGGCAACUGCCACUUUAGGUCCAGAGGACUGGAGACCGCACUCUUGGAAUUAUGGCUGGGCGUUCUACACGGCUUGGGUUUCCUUCACCUGCUGCAUGGCGUCAGCUGUCACCACCUUCAAUGCCUACACAAGGAUGAUGCUGGAAUUCCAGUGCAGGCACAGGAAGAGCUUCAAGCGCAGCCCCAGCUGUCUCAUAGGCCACCACCGCUGCUUCCUCCCCCAGCUGACUUGUGCAGCCCACCCAGAGGAACCUUUGACCACCUGCCUUCAGUAUCCCAACCAUCCCAUCCGCUCUGUCUCCGAAGGUAUCGACCUCUACUCGGCGCUACAGGAUAAGGAAUUUCAACAAGGGGCCAGCCAGGAACUGAAAGAAGUGGCUAGGUCAUCAUCCAUAGAAGAGCAGUGUUAGAUGUUAAGCGGGUUUGGGGAGCAGGCUAAACCCGACCAUCUGUGUUUGCUUAUUAGCAACAUCCGCUUAAGCAAAAGAGUCUCCUGAGCCUUGUGUUUAGAAGCUAAGAAUGAGAGACUUGUCUCCAGGACCUUGCCCUGCCCCUCCCUCGAAUCCACCUCCCAUGUGUGGAUCAGAAUCCCCGUCCCUUCCUGACUGCUCAGGGCUGGCUCUAGACUACACAGUGCAGAUAAAAAGGCAAGUGCAAUACAGUUCCUACCUUUAAGGGUCUGGUAAAGCCUGGUCAGUCUGGAAGAAACGCGGGUGAACAAACUGAUGGUGGCUCGUCUACGUGCCCUGGGACUUUUCUGGAGGUCACACACAGGAAGACAGAAACACGAUUGAAGGCAUCUUGCAUACUUCCAUAUCUUCCAUACUAGUGUCUCGAAACCUCAUAAUAGCCGGUGAGGGAGCUGCUUUCUCUUCCAAAGGUCCUGGGCUCCACUUCCGGUGCCUGAUAUGCAUGGUGGCUAACAACUGUAAGGCCAGUUCCAGGGGGUCUCACGCCCUCUCC